AUGGAGACCGAAGGCUACAGCGACUUGCUGGAGACCAGCGAUGGUCAGGGAGCAGGCGUCCUGGAUGGAGGGGUUGGAGCAGGGGUGGAGGAGGGGUGGAGUACGCCCUACCCCCUGGCCUUCCAGGUGUCCCUGACCACUGUGCUGAUGCUGGAGCUGGCGUUGGGCUUCAGCAGCAACCUAACUGUACUCGUGCUCUACUGUGCCCAGUCCAACCUCGUGGACUCAGUCAGCAACCUGGUGACAGUCAACCUCCACGUGCUGGACAUCCUUGUAUGUGUGCUGUGCCUGCCGCUGACAGUGGCCGUGAUACUCGUGCCGGCCGACGGAGGUGGAGUCGGCAGCCUGGCCACGCUGUGCUGCUUUCACGAGGCCUGUGUGACCUUCACUAGUGUGGCCACAGCGGUCAACGUGCUGGUCAUCAGCUUGGACCGCUAUGACAUCUCGGUGCGGCCAGCCAGCCGCCUGCUGACCCCGAGGCGUGCGGCGUUGCUCCUGGCUGCCGUCUGGGCUGUGUCUUUGGCCGUCUUCUUCCUGCCCUUCCUCGAGGGGGAUUUCUUUUCAUCCGGAGCAGAAGAAAGUGAGAAUGAAGACGUGGAAGGCCGGAACGUUGAACCUGAGCUGGCCACUGGACUGACCCCCACGCUGUCCUCUGCCUCGUCCUUCUCCCCGUCCGCAUCUCCUACCUCCUCCUCUUCACGCCACCUGCCUCCUGUGUGGCAGAACCGGACACUGCUGUGUGUAGGGGGGCAGGGCUACCACACAGGCCUGGCUAUGUAUUACCACCUGUUGCUCCAGGUGCCCUGCUUCUUCAUUGCCGUGGCUGUCAUGCUGUUCACCUACUCCAGGAUCCUGCAGGCCCUCAACAUCCGCAUUGGCUCCCACAUGAUGAGGGGAACGCGCACCAAGGAUUCGGGCUGCAGGAUCCGUCGCAGGAAGCCCAAGAGGAAGGACCUAUGUCUGGGUACAGAGGGGCUGUCCUCCAGCCAGAGCCAGCACCUCACCCACCCUCCCCUCAUCCCAUCCCCCACCCCUACUCCAACGUCACCCCCUCCCCUCUCCGCUGUCCCUCAAGUGGUAUCUGACAGUGGCGCGACGGUCACCACGGUCACCACUGCUGCCACUACACCAAUCGCAACCACACCUGCCACCCCAGCUUCACAGACCCUGGCCUCACUGUCCACCCCAGCCCAGGCCACCUCACCACAACCCACCUCUUCCAUGGGUGUCCAGGCGUCGGUGUCUGCCAUCAUCGCCUUGAGGCGGGCCGUGCGAAGACACCGGGACCGUCGGGAACGUCAGCGGCGUGUCCUGAAGAUGUCCCUGAUCAUCAUAUCCACAUUUCUGGGCUGCUGGGCCCCUCUGUCAGCGGUCAAUGUGCUGAUCCUGUGUCUUGGCCCCAGUGAUGGUUUGGUGCGGCUGCGCCUCUGCUUCCUGGCUAUGGCCUAUGGAACCACCAUCUUUCACCCCCUCCUCUAUGCUUUCACCAGGCAGAAGCUGCGCCGUGCGCUCAAAACGCGUGUCAAGAAAAGGGUGGUGUCCCUACUGCAGGUGGACCCGGCGCCCAUCGGGGGGACCGUAAUUCCCAACUCCUGGGUGGAAGGAGGGGGUCAACGGAAGGGACGCAAACCACGGGUUGAGGCCAGUGAUGGUACUGAUCGAUGCCGCACAGAGGCAGUGAAGGAAUGA